AUGUUCUCCGAAUAUGCUUCACGUUUUCUUGCUCAGUCACAGUCACGAGUGACCUCUCGACCAGAUGAAGUGCAAAGAACGGGCCGUAGCCGGCCUAAUCAACACCAAGGCAACCUUCGGCAUCCCUCGUCGCGUUCGUUUCUGCGACCUAACGAUCCUUAUCGAUCGGGGACAUCUCAACUAUCCCACUUUCCUUUCGCGCCUCGGGGCUCGGUUCAACAAGCUCCCCUCUUCUUCAGUGUCACCGAUGAAUUCCGAGAGGAAGAUGAUGAAACGGAACGUGAGCGAGAAAUUGCUGAUUUCUAUGCACUUCAACGAUCACGGCGGCAUUUCGGCGAUAGCAACUUGAAAGAAUCCUCGGAACUUGAGGAUUCUGAACAAUCAGUAUUUGACGAGGAUAGCUCACCAUACGAUGGUCGGCCUGGUAAUGGAAAAGGCAUCAAAAGCUCAUGGCGGGAAGAAAAGAGUGUGGGGACCGCUCGCCCUUUUCCUAUCGAGUCAGUAGCAGAAGCCACCGAGCAUGAACUGGCUUCUACUAGUCCUAGUAAUAGCAAAGUUCGAGGUCACCUAGUUGAUGUCGGCCUGGAAGACUCUAUACGAGCGGGCAUUAACAAUCAUGAUCAAGCGUUACCCAGUCCCGAUGUCUACGACCCACCCAUCCAGCGAUUCCGAGAACGGGAUCCGCCAAACGAGCUCUCUGGGGCCAACCUACCAGGGACUGCCCCAGAGCCGGCUGCACCCUUAUCGGGCAAUCCUCCACGGCCACCCAGCUCGGCAGGCUCGUUUCCAGCAUCGGUAUCACCGCUUGCCUCAGAAAAUGCAGCCCAUGAUGUAUUCUGGGGCCAAUUGUUCUUGAUAUCCCUCGCGGGAUUGUUUGCUUCUGCAUUUCUCGUCUAUCUUCACACAUCUACCCCCUCUGGAGACAAAUCAAGGUGGGGCGAUACGAUAUAUAUGACUGUUCAUGGGUCUUUCUUCCUUCUCGGGAUAUAUACCCUUGUAUCAGUUCUUGUGUCUCUCCUCUGGUUGGCCUUACUACGCUCCUAUGUGCGACUUUUGGUCCACAUAAUCCUAGUUGCCGUUCCCAUUAUUUUAUACUCCUUUUCCUUGUAUCCUUUCAUCUCGAGCUUCAAGGGACCAUGGCACGGGUCCAGUAUUCAAGACAAGGCAAUGAGAUGGGGUUCUGGCGUUCCGUUUCUCAUGGCCACCGUGUGGAUCUAUAAUGUUUUGCGCGGUCGUCAAUCCAUCGGGAAAGCCAUAGGGAUUCUUGAAUUUGCCUGUCGCAUAUUAGCCGCCAAUCCCGAGUUGCUUGCUCUUGGUCUGGGUGCCUUGGUCUGUGUGGUUUCAUGGACGUGGAUCUGGAUGCUGAUGUUUACCCGUGUCUUUUUGGGCGGUCAUAUCGUCAACUCGAGAUCGUUUAUCAUUGAUGUGGGCAGCUGGUGGCUUGGUAUCUACUUCGUUAUUGUUUAUUUAUGGUCGAUCGGCGUCAUUGCAGGCAUCCAGCGCGCCGUCACAGCUGCAACCGUGAGUCAGUGGUAUUUUCACCGUUUGGUCACACCCGCACCCACCUCGAAGCAAAUCGUCCAGGCAGCCGUCCUACAUGCUGCCACGACCCUAUUUGGCACGAUUUCUUUGUCUAGACUCCUGGGGCUUCUGAUUCGACUUCCUCUUCUCUUACUACCAGGUCGCAUCUCUUCGUUGCUCAGUCUGUUUGCCUAUUCGCUCGUCCCUACCCCUAUCACCCACUUGACCAAUCCUCUCUCUCUCACCUAUGCAGCGAUUCAUUCGCAGCCUCUUGCCGCUUCCUCUCGAGGAUUGAGCCAAAUGACUACGCUUACCCCAUCGGCGGCCUCAACAUCUUUACACCCACGUUCAUAUUCUCGAUCGCCUGGGGACUCGGGCUCUCUUCUCUCAUAUCGGCUAUCUAAACUGAUUCUCUACGCCACCCGUCUCAUGAUGUCGUUAGCCCUAGGGUUUGGUGGCUGGGUGACUACUGCUCGGAGCCUAGCCACCUCUGCAACCGGUGGCACCGUACGUGGUAGUCUCUAUGCCUACGUGGUUGGUCUUAUUGCUGGAGCAAUCGGCUGGACCACAUUGGGCUCGAUGGAAGGUAUUAUCGCUGAUAUUGUGGAUGCGGCUGUGAUCUGCUGGGCAAGCGAAGUCGGUAUCUACGGUAGAGAAGCCCGGUAUUGCCGCGAGGCUGGCUGGCUCUUUGGUGACUCCAAGUCCCAGUUCAGGCAUGAAUAUCAAGAGGUCUAG